GUCAAAUAUUUCCAAGUACUGACCUCCCCUUCACGGGGGAGGCCACCUCACAGUUUCAGGUAGAACUUGAAGUUGCUACCAUUGCCCGUUGCUUCGGGAGGCUCAAGGGAGGAAGACGUGAAAUGGAACGUACCGGGAAGGUUACUCGACGGAACCCGACUAGCCAAGCACCGGGAGGAUCCCAACGUGGCAGUCGAGGAGGAUCGAGGGUGUCUAGGAGACAAGGCCGUGCAGGCCACUCGCUGCCCGUGAGUGACGGUCAUGUGGAAACUAUAGACGAGCACUAUGAGUCCGAGGAGGAUUCAACUUACCGACCGGGGACUGAGCCGGUUGAGACCCCAUAUGAUGGGGAAUACGAUGAUGCAAGUGACGAGAGCGACGAUAAUGAAGCUCUCGAGCGGAUUGAGGAAUUGCUCCGGCAAUACCACCAAGAUCGCCAAAGGCGCCGGACAAGGCGUGCUUUGGAAGGGGCUUCAAGGAGAGGAAGCCGCGUGACUCCCCGGGAGAUCAUAGAAUCCCGAGGAGGGG